GCAGCACUGCUUCCCCGAAUGAGAGCUGCCUGUCACGCACACAGACGCAAUGCACGCAAUCAAAACAAACCGAUUUGGCGCCAUGUGCUCGCGACACUUUUCGACGAAUCCAAGCAAACCGGCCCGUGCAGUACACGGAUGGCAGUGCGAUGAUCCGAAAGCAACGACCAAAAAGAUCGAAACCCCAGGACGGUAAAACGGAUGAAGCUGGUGACAAUGUUAAAAAAGAACCAACCAAACGGAAAAGGGAAAGGAAAAGUGUGCCCAAAAAUGUGCUCCCGGCCGGGCAGUCGGAAGGUGCACAGUACAUCAAUCCUGCCAUCGAACCGAUCGUUCGACACAAUGUCGGUAAUCCAUCGUCCACCUUCCUCCGGCGUAAUCCACAUCACAGCAUCCUUCAGCUACCGUUGCAACCGAACGUGCUCACCGAGGACACGCUGCUAACCCACUUCAAAACAACGCGCCCAUUCACUGCAACGUUACCGAUGCCGCUGCACACCACCCCGGGACUAGGGCCGUCGAUGCCCGAUUUGAUGGUUCGGGCAAUACACACCAAGCAGGCCUACGAGCGGGAACUGCACAGUCUGCGAAAGAAGUACCAAAAAGUCGCCACUGACCGACCACUCGAUCUCCAUGGUAACGGCGAGGAUGAGAGUGUGCAGCACACGGUGACCCUUGUGUAUGCCGCCCUGCUGGACCGUGAUCCCGAUCCGUACCUGAAGCUGGAGACGAAUUACAAUCCUCACUUUACCGGCGGGACCAUGGUGGCCGUCCCGGGAGGUGCGGGUAGCGCAACGAUAUUCAAAGCGACCGGGGAAAGCCUGCAGGAUGUGGAAGUGCUGCGGAUACACUGUGAUGGAGAAGGUUUCGAAGUGGGGCAAGUUCAAGCAUGUCCGAUGGAAAUGGAAGGUCCACUGCUUGAGCUCGUACCGAGCGAAGAUGGCAGCGUGAUUCUUGCCAGGAAACGACAUGUGGUCAUAAUACUGCGCGAGAUUAAUGUCACACCGGACAGUGUCGAAUGGCGUCCCGUUCAGCACAUCUUUUCAGUAAACCCGUUGGCGAGCGUUUGCUUCGUCGGUGGAUCAACACUGACGCUCUGUACGACGGAUUACGCACGCCAGCUGCAGCUGUGGACGUUCAGCGAUGAUGAGGAAACAUGUGAGGACAUGGUAACGCUACCACAAUCCGUCCCGAAACAUUCACCCACAACGAAGGAGGAGCGUGUGACGUGUCACAAUAAUGACCACUGGUCGGCAGUGAGGUGCGUAGAUGGCCAUUCCCUUGUCGCUUGCCUCGAUCGCACUCAACUCCAUCUGUACACGGUGGUGCGAAACGGGGAAAAUUCUCCGACCCGAGACUGGCGGCUUGCACACCGUGGGGCAAGCGAUUUUUCGCGCUGGAUAUCCCCGUGCGAGCAGUGCUGCGCGCUGGAGGUCACAUCUUCCGAGGAGCUUCUUUUUAUCGCUACCACUCACAAGUUAAUUGUGGCAAAAAUCGAAGAAAGCGUUGAUCAACCGCCUACUGAGGAGAGCGCACAGAACGGAGGCGAUUCGUUUGACUUCGGGAACGUUAAGCUCAUCGUGAAGGUGCUGCUAGUGUUUGCCCACAAUCUGAAGCAAUGUCCAGUGUUCUUGAGCCACCAGUGGAACGCUACUGCCGAUCACGAUACGGAGCACCAUUUCGUCCUGUUCGGUAGCCAUCUGCCGAUGAGCUACGGUGUGGCCAGCUUCACCCGUUCCCCGAACCCGACCGACCUGUUCGGUGAGCCGGUGUACGCGACGCAACACUAUCCCUACCAUCCACCGACCUUUCACGACACGUACAAGCAGGCACAAGCGCAAGGACAUUGCCUGUCGGCGUACGAACCAUUGCGGAAACGGUUUUACGCCUGCCAAUCUGGAGCGGCACUGUUACGGAGCUGUUUGCCAACGGACAAUGGAACGGAACGGCAUGAGCCUCGGCUUUAUAUCCUACUGCAGACUUCAGCUGGGGAUGUGGUGCAGCAAUCGCUUAGCUACGAUUUCGAUCGGGAUGAAGAGAAGCAGCAUGAGUUGAAACGGCCCGAUGUUGAGCGGCAACAACACAUCGGGGCACGUUUGCAACAAUGGCACGAGAAGUUGGUAGGGCAGGCAGGACGAAUACCGUACCGUGCGACCAGCUUUAAGACGAUGCAAAAGUUUCGUGACAUUUUCAACUGUCCCGUCGAGGGAAGCGAACUGCGACAGAUAUUGUAUCUUCCGCCGGAGGUCAAACGAAAACACAGGCGCAAGAAAAGGGAGGACGAGAAGGAGGAAGACUUAAAUACAGAGGAAGAGCAGCACGAGGACGACGAGGAAGAUGAGGGUGUAUGGUGUCCUUCGCAGUCCGUUGCCAGCGGUUCGUCCAGCGCAGCUGAACCGUCGGUUAUACGAAGACGCAGGAAGUAUGGUCGUAAAGCACCGCCACCGUGGCGACAGACGCUGGAAGAUCUGCAGCAGUACCGCGAUGUCCUUGCGCCGACAUUGCUCAGCGUUUGGGGCGUUGGGAACACUGACGUACCACCGCAGGCUACGAAUAUGGAGCAAAUCCCGACGAAACUGCCACCGCUGGCGGACAUUAACGAGCGUAUCGGAAGCUGGGUAACGGCUGCCACCAGCGAACAGUUGCAGCGCGAUACGCCAGAGACCGCCGAGGAAGACUUGGAACUGACCGUGCCAAAUGUGACGGCUGCUGCUAAGGACGAGUAUGGCGAUAUGAAGGAGGACGCGGAUGGGGAUUUGUUUUCGCAACCACUGACACAGUCGCAGUUCAUCUCAGCUUCCCAGCUGUCCCAGCAGAUGGUGAGAUCAACCGUUGCUCGGCCUGCUAGAAAGACGUACUCGAAAGGCUUCUGAAGGCCAUUCUUUGCCGUAACGUAUUUGCCAUAAAGACACGCGAUGCACAAUUAAUCCGUACAGCGAGGAAACUGAUCAUAGUAGCCAACACUGCCAGCAAAACGAAACUAUGAUACCAGAGGAGAAGGUGUGUCUGUGUUUGUGAGACAGAUAGAGAGCAUUUGUUUGUGUGUAUUGGUUCUUUUCUGAUGAAAGAUUUGAAUUUAUUAUUUCGUUAUUUACCAAUAUAUAUAUAUAUAUAUACUUUUAUAUAUACUCGUGUUUAUAAUUAUAUAUAUAAACUAUUGUUUGUUUUUCUUUUAUUACUCUUAACUUUUCUCCACGCUGACCUCGACUUAACAUACUUUCACUCGCACAUUCCAUUCUCACACAAACGUGCACGCGAGAGCAAUAUCUAGCUGCGCGAGCGCGCGGGCGCUCAAACACGCAUCGAAUGCGAAUACCCUCCUUGCUCUUUUGCGUGUUUUAUUGCGCGGCGUCCUUUUUGCUGCUGCCUUUUUUGUAUCUUCUCUUAAUAGGGAGAAUGUGUUUCUGUUCUUCUCUUUCCCCCGCUGAUUCGAACUAAACCCCCUCCCCUGGGCUGUGGCCACCUUCUCUCUUCGUAAUGUUUCUAAAUAAGAUUGGUUGCUGUUUCUGCAGUGUUUUCUUCUUCUUUUAAUUACUUUUCUAUUUUACAUAUGUCACAGCAGUCCGAUGGAACCCAUUAGGAAGGAAGCAGAACACGAAGAGUCUAAAAUAAUGUUGUUUCUGUUUUUUCUUCCUUCUUUCCAUUCCGCGUUUUCCCUUUAAGAUUUAUAUAAAACAAUUUGUGGGGAUUUCCCUUACACUGCGCAGUCUCCCCUUUCCUCCUCACACCGUGUAGCAGGCUACUACUAAAACACUGUCUGCAAAUUUUGCAUAAUUUUUUCACUUUUUCUUUGCCAUAUUCUGUACAUAUUACGUGUUUUCGUCUGCCUUGCUAGUUUCCCUCCGGUCGGGCGUUUUAGUUAUCAUCUUACACUAACUCCCCUUUUUUUCUCGGCCUCCUGGAAAGGGAAAAGACCCAACAACGGAUUGUGUGUGUGUUAUUCCUUUCCCAUACCGAACACCAGGUCAGAUCUUUCUCCACAUCUUUCCCCGCGCACACCCACGCAGAGCCAUGCAUUAUCGCUAUUCUCCUAGAGUGCACUUUGUUUGAUUGCUAUUUUGAGUUUUAAAAGUUGAGUUGUGAGGGUGUUUGUGUUUCAUUGUUCGGUUCGGGUUUUGAGCGAAAAAACUAACAAACCAUAGCAUACAC